UUCGAUGAUACCACUCAUUUCUCAGCAUACAAGCAGCUCAGUCGCGGCUGUCGCGUCAUUUCAGUCGGUCAUGGGAGCAUCUUAAGUCGAAGACAGCUCGUCAAUUGAUUGGUCCUUGGCGAUUCUCGGCGUCAUUCCAGACGUGCGGUCGCAAGGUGGCUGCGAGGCCGACUCGUUCUGACCACGAGGACAGGACUGAGCAACAAGGGCUUGGACGACUAAAGUAGGAGCAACAUAGCCUAGAGACUACCCCAGGUGCCGAACAUGUCUUCCCUCCUCGCUCCUACCACACCGUCCUUCUACGCCGUCUACCUGCUUCGAUCCUACCCACCUGCCAAGCCAGGCACCUCUGCCUCUUCUUCCUCCAUCCCUAAACCCUCAACGAAAACCUACGUCGGCUCCACCCCCUCACCCCGUCGUCGCCUCCGUCAACAUAAUGGCCAACUCACAGCUGGAGCACAGCGGACACGCACAGGUCGGCCGUGGGAGAUGGAACUCCUGGUAUGGGGCUUCGGGAGCAAGAUUGCAGCAUUGCAAUUUGAAUGGGCGUUCCAGAAGCCACACCUCUCUCGCCAUCUCAAGGAGAUCGAGGGACAAGGGAAAGCAAUCUGGCCUGGAAAGGGCAAAAGGGGCAAGCAGAGCCCUACUAACAUGGUGCUAGUCCUUCGCGGGUUGCUGAGGAGCGAGCCCUUCUGUCACUGGGGCCUCAGGGUGACGUUCUUAGCUGAAUGGGCUUGGAAGGCUUGGAAGCGGUUGGAUGAGGAGGAAGAUGCACGUCGCGCCACAAAGGAGUCGAACGGUGCCUCGUCUAGUUCACAGCUACGCUCGGAGGGUAGACAGACAAGUAGAACCCUACCGCCGCGCCAUCUCAGCCCGGCGAUCCGGUGCGACUUUACUGGUCCUCUAGGGACGAGGAAACCAUUGGUAGCGUACAGUGCGGUGGAGAAGGAGUGCAUGGGGCUGAAGCAGAUUGAGACAACCACAUCUUCUGCAUCAACGAAGAAGGGCAAGGGUAAAGGCAAAGCGAAAGAGCAGCCGCCACUGUCGCCAUCGAGGGGGGCCAACUCAACAUGGCACGAGACUCUCCCCAUCGGUGCUACGCCGCGAGGAAUGGGCGUGACGUGGCACGAGCUUGAAAACGAAGUGCCCGUCGUGCCGGCUGUGGUGCCUACGGUGGAGCAAGGGGAUGGAGAGGAGGAGGUCUGGCCGCCCAGGAUGGCCAUGGAUGAUGCCGACUUCACCUUCCUCACCCUGCAUCGUCUGCGCCGCUUCCUCACUCAUCACGUCUUAUCGCCUAUGGAUCUUGUCAUCCCGACCAACACGAUCAGCAGCUCCUCUCGACCUCGUCAGCUCGCACACUCGAUCAAGUGUUCCUGCUGCGACAAUCCCAUCGAUAUCCGUGACUACACCUCCUGGACUCUCUGUCCCUCGCCCUACCACCGCCUCACACCACGGCCAAUACAUGAAGCAGAAGAAGAGCGCACCGUGGACGGCGCUGUAGCGCUUGGCCAAGAGGAGCAGCUCGAGAGGUCGCACUGCGCUUCUGCCUUUCAUUUGACUUGCCUGUCGAAGCGGUGGCUGCAAGAGGAAGGCGGGAAAGCGAAGGAGAAGGAGAUCCUUCCUCUCACCGGUCACUGCCCCACGUGCUCUUCUGCGAGGAACGGCAGCCAUCGUCGUGCUCGAGAUGAGUCGUCAUUGGGCCUCUGGUCAGACGUAGUACGCUCAGUUUACCGACGCAAAGAGUGGCUCGAGGCUGGUCAGCUGGACUUCGAUGCUUUGGGCCGGGUGACUAGUAAGGCGAGGAAGCGAAGAAGGGUGCAAGAGGACACGGCACCCGCCAGUAGUGGGGAGGACAGCAGCGAGAGCGAGAGCGCUGCGGAGGAAGAGGAGCAGGAGCAGGGGCAGGAGGAGGCAAUGUCGAGCGAAGGGAGUCGGGAAGUAUUGAUCGUCGAGAAGAAGGUGGGCCGACCAAAAGGAAGCAAGAACAAGCGAAGGGACUUUCAAGCUGUCGAGCCCGCGGCCGAAGCACCUGCGCAACCGACAAAACGGGUCGGUCGGCCACCUGGUAGUGCCGAGAGUGCCUCGCCGACGGAGAAGGCGCCAGCUGAGAAGUCGCGGUCGCCACCACCGCCAUCAGGCACAAGCCUUCUCAACUCAUUGGACAACCUAUUUGGAUAGAUUUGCUAAUUGCGAUUCGACGAUAUCCAUCUGCACAAGCGUUCUGCGCCGGCGCAGGGCUACACUAGCUCUGCUUUUGCUCGUCCUGGUACUGCGCUACCGCCCAUUCCCUUUGUCUGCUUCCCCUCGCCCAUCUCAUGUCAGCGCCACGAGACGUUGCUGCCGCUCACUUCGACUUCUCAUUCUCGGCAUACGUGUUCUUGAAGGGGAAGUUGCUAGUCGCCUUGUCCUUUGCACUUGCAUCUCCGGCCUUCUUCUUGUUCUUGGCCAUGUCUCCCCCGAACAUGAGGACGAACAAUCCCCAAGCAGCCAAGCCUGCGUGGGGCAGAGCGAGGAGCAAGCCGAAGUUGCCAGUUCCAAGCUCAGAGGGUGUGGCAGCCUCAGCUGCAGAGGGCGCUUUGCCUACCGAAAGGUAAGACUGAGCGGCGAUGG